GGAGUGGGUUUAGGUAACUGAGACUGACAAGUAUGGCCCACCAACCAAUCGCAAAUUCACCAUCCCAUCCAAUCUUGACGACGAUGCCGCCGAGAUCGCCGCUUCUCGCCCUCGUCUUCCUCGCCGCCGGCGUCCUAUCCUCGGCCACCUCUCCGCCUCCGCCGCCGUGCAGCCGCUCGUGCGCCGCCCUCAACUGCGACUCCGUAGGGAUCCGGUAUGGCAAGUACUGCGGCGUUGGCUGGAGCGGCUGCGAUGGAGAGGAGCCCUGCGAUGACCUCGACGCCUGCUGCCGCGACCACGACCACUGCGUCGACAAGAAAGGUCUGAUGAGUGUGAAAUGCCAUGAGAAAUUCAAAAACUGCAUGAGGAAGGUAAAAAAGGCUGGCAAGAUUGGCUUCUCUAGGAAAUGCCCGUACGAGAUGGCUAUGGCAACAAUGACCUCAGGGAUGGACAUGGCCAUCAUGCUCAGUCAGUUGGGCACCCAGAAGUUGGAACUGUAGCUUUAAUUUGGCUUCUCCUUACGGAGGUACUCCAUUUCUUAGAUGAUGGUUAACCGUAUUUGAUUGCACCAAAGUUUGAUUUUUUUUUUACAGGAAUGUAUUGAUUUGGGCAGCCUAAAAAGAUUUCUUUUCCCCUUGCUGCACAAUUUGCAGCAUAUAGUAUUUUUUUUGUACAAGAGAUUUGGCAUGUAAACUGAACCAAAUGUUCCGGCUCACUGGGUAUGGGUAAAAAGGGUUUUCCUUUCCUUUAUGCUGUAACAUUAUCCAUUUACUUUGCUUUGAUACGUUGGAUCAGUAGGGGUCUGGAUCUCUUUAACAUAAUAAUGUAACACUCCUGAGUCUCUGAGCAUGUUAUGGACAAA